AUGAAGCGCCAUUACAGAAGGCAACUGCUGAGAAAACUGCUGAUCGAAGGUGCUGAAGAUGAAGAAUUGGUUUUGGCAAAUCAUAGCAAAAUAAAUUUAAAGGACUGCUGUUACAUGGUAGCGGAAGCUUGGAGUUUGGUUACGGCAGUGACGCUAAGACGUGCGUGGAAUAAACUGAAAGGCCUACCGUCUGAGAAGAACAAAAAAAAAGAAAAUGAGAAACAAGAAUAUGGAGAGGAUGAUGAUGAUGAAGAUGCGUUGUCACUAGAGGAAAUAAGAAAAAUUAUUGUAAAAAUUCCUGGUUGUACAGAAGUAAGUGCUGAAGAUGUAGGAGAGUGGAUGGCUUGUGACACGUCUGACCCUGGUUUUCAAAUUCUCAAUGACGAUGAAAUUGUUGUAAGUGUGAGAGAAGAUGUUGAAGUGGAAGUGGAAGAAGAACUUUCUGCUGAUGUUGAAGUAGACGCUGGACCAUCAGCUAGUGAAGCAUUUGCCGGCCUCGAGGCUGCUUUGAAGUGGAUGGAGCGUCAGCCCGAGUGUGACCACUUGCAACUGCUCACCGUCAAGCGAAUGCGUGAUCUGGCUGCCCGAAAACGCACUUCAGAGGGCGAGACGAAAGGAGCUAUCUACUUGACGACGAGGAAUGGGACAUUUCCAAUAUCGCUGACGUCCUUCAAAACACACAACGCGCAAGCCUCUGCGAAAAUUUUAUCCGCCACGGCUAAGAAUUCGUCGAGCGAGUGGAGCGAGGAAUUCCUCAACUAUUCCAACUACACCUACGACGAUUACGACGAAGGAAUUUCCAAAUCCAGCCAGAAGAGGAGCAUAAACGAUGCAGUCUCCAAAAAUAUCACAAUGGUCCUCGAGAAUUUGCUGAAAAAUUACGAGAACUCUCAGCUGCCGACUCAUGGCAAAGGAUACCCAACGGUUGUACAAACAAAUAUUUUAAUCAGAAGUAUGGGUCCAGUGUCUGAGUUGGAUAUGGACUACUCCAUGGACUGUUACUUCAGGCAGUACUGGCGUGACACUCGUCUCUCUUUCCUCGGGCCAAUCCGCUCUCUUUCCCUCUCUAUCAAAAUGCUGGAGAGGAUCUGGAGACCAGACACGUACUUCUACAACGGCAAACACUCCUAUGUCCAUACCAUAACGGUGCCCAAUAAGUUGUUACGGAUCAGCCAACACGGAGACAUACUGUAUUCUAUGAGAUUGACGAUAAAAGCCAAAUGCCCGAUGGAGCUGCGCAAUUUCCCGAUGGAUAGACAAUCAUGUCCCCUGAUACUUGGCAGCUAUGCGUACUCGAACCAGCAGCUUGUGUACCAGUGGCAGAAUGCCGAGAGCGUGACGUUCGUGCCGGGCAUGACGCUGUCGCAGUUCGACCUCAUCAGCUUCCCCUACAGGAACUUCACCUUCACCAGGCGAGAAGGUGACUUCUCGGUGCUGCAGGUGUCGUUCAACCUGCAGCGCCACACCGGCUACUUCCUCAUCCAGGUUUACGUGCCUUGCAUUCUCAUCGUCGUCCUGUCCUGGGUCUCCUUCUGGAUACAUCGAGAGGCCACUUCAGAUCGCGUAGGUCUCGGUAUAACAACGGUGUUGACUCUGUCCACAAUAAGCCUGGACUCUCGCACGGACCUGCCCAAAGUCCGCUACGCCACCGCCCUGGAUUGGUUUCUUCUGAUGAGUUUCUUCUACUGCAUUGCUACGCUACUGGAAUUCGCUGGAGUGCAUUAUUUUACUAAGGUGGGUUCCGGCGAGAUCGCGAUAGACGACUCGGAGUGGGAGGAGUUGAUAGAGGAAGUAGGAGGUGACGCAUUCGCAGCGCGCCAGCUCGCCGUGCGCCGGCGCAGCUCGAUACGAUCAACGGAUAACUGCAGCAACAUACCAACGAGCAAGGACGGCGACAGCUCUGACCAGACGGACGAGAACACCGUCCGGCUGACCGUGGAGCGGACCACGCAGACCGAGACCCGGGUCCCGCGCUGGAGGCAGGUCAUGUACUGUCUGGCCGGCGACGAGCAGUACCGGCGACAGCGGCAAAGAGAAGCUGGCGGUAACCGCGGUCACAUCAAUAGCGUGUCGCACAUCGACCGCGCCGCGCGCGUGCUGUUCCCCGCCUCCUUCGCGCUGCUCAACCUUUUCUACUGGCUGGUGUACGCCUUCGCCAACGACGACUUCGACUGGAGCAACAACCCUAUUAACACCUUGUCACACUGAACUCGAUAUGCGAGCUGAUUCACGAUUUCCGUUCGACUCGGUAGGCCUACUACGAAACGGUUUUGU